AUGGCUGUGUGGGAGGUGGAGCAGAAGAUCGCCUCGCAGGUGGGCCGGCUCCAGGUGGAGCUGGACCGCAAGAGCUCGGAGCUGGAGAAGGCCAAGCAGGAGAGCCUGCGGCUGAGCCGGGAGAAGCAGGAGCUGGAGGACCGGGCGUCGGAGCUGUCGCGCCAGGUGGAUGUCAGCGUGGAGAUGUUGGCCUCCCUCAAGCAGGACCUGGUGCAGAAGGAGCAGGAGCUCACCCGCAAGCAACAGUGUUGCAUCUUCUCCCACGUGGUCAGUGUCCACAAAGUCCUCAGCCCCUCCACGAUGGCCACUGACGCCGGGUGUCCCCCGGCCAGGCCCGAGGGGGCCGGGGGCAAGGUGUGCCGGCUGGAGAGGGGCAGCCCGGGGCACUCCAGCGAGGUGAUCAGCCCCGAGAUCCUCAAGAUGAGGGCGGCUCUCUUCUGCAUCUUCACCUACCUGGACACCAGGACCCUGCUGCGGGCGGCCGAGGUGUGCAAGGACUGGAAGUUCGUGGCCCGGCACCCGGCCGUGUGGACGCGGGUGCUGCUGGAGAACGCCAGGGUGUCCUCCAAGUUCCUGGCCAUGCUGUCCCAGUGGUGCACCCAGAUGCACUCCCUCACCCUCCAAAACCUCAAGCCGCGCCAGCGAGGGAAGAAGGAGAGCAAGGAGGACUACAUGAGGAGCACACGGGGCUGCCUGGAGGCUGGUCUGGAGUCCCUGCUGAAGGCCACGGGCAGCAACCUGCUCAUCCUGCGCAUCUCGCACUGCCCCAACGUGCUGACGGACCGCUCCCUCUGGCUGGCCAGCUGCUACUGCCGGGCCCUGCAGGCUGUCACCUACCGGAGCUCCACGGACCCCGUGGGCCACGAGGUCAUCUGGGCCCUUGGAGCAGGUUGCAGGGACAUCAUCUCCCUCCAGGUCGCACCUCUGCAUCCGUGCCAGCAGCCGACACGUUUCAGCAACCGCUGCCUGCAGAUGAUCGGGCGGUGCUGGCCCCACCUGCGGGCGCUGGGCGUCGGAGGCGCCGGCUGCGGCGUCCAGGGACUGGCAUCCUUAGCCCGGAACUGCAUGAGGCUCCAGGUCCUGGAGCUGGACCACGUGGCCGAGAUCAACCAGGAGGUGGCAGCCGAGGUGUGUCGGGAGGGGCUGAAGGGGCUGGAGAUGCUGGUGCUGACGUCCACCCCGGUCACCCCCAAAGCCCUGCUGCACUUCAACAGUGUGUGCCGGAACCUCAAGUCCAUCGUGGUGCAGGUGGGAAUUGUGGACUAUUUCAAGGAGCCCCACAGCCCUGAAGCCAAGAAGAUGUUUGAAGAAAUGGUGAAUAAACUCCAGGCCCUGAGGAAAAGACCCGGCUUCUCCAAGAUUUUACACAUCAAAGUGGAAGGAGGCUGUUAGACCUUCAGGGAAGCACAAAGCACAUUCCCUCCUCUGCCUGGCG